AGUCUUUUCACUGACCUGCUUUAGCUCUAGGAGGAGAGUUCAAGCUUUUAGGAUUUCAUUAGCUUGCAAAAUUUAUGGCUAUUUUUAGUGUGCCAAUUUUGGAGUUUCUUUUCUUUUCUUUUUUUUUAACUAACCUUUUGAGAGAAGGUUUGUAAAUGUCUCUUCUUUGCUUCUGGAUUGCAAUUCCACCCUGUGGUUGCAACACAAACCCUUGUUCCAACUUGUUGAACUGCCGGCCUGCCUGUCUCGAUUCAUGCAGCCAGAGAGUGGUCAGGCCAACCUCCAUGGCUUUUCUGGGAAGAUUUUGCUGACCAGUAGAUUUGGGAAGACGUUAAAAACUUCUGAGGGAAAGCGGAACUUCCAAUUGAAACUGGCUGGAUUGCUGAGAAACCACAAUCCUUCGAAUCAAAAGAGAGGGAUUGUCUAACGCUUUGGAAAACUGCCUUUUUAAAGAACAGAAGUGGAAAGUACUGAACUAUUAUUUUUCAAGGAAAGGGUUUUUUUCCCCAAAAAAGUAUUUUACAGAAUUCUCUUUUAAAAAAAAUCUCCUUUAACAUCUGAUCCAAAAGAACUGGGGGGUUUUUUUAUGAGAUAAAAACAGAUGUAGAAUUUCUCAGGAAUUUUCUCUGAGCUGCACAAAGGGGAGAAAAUGCAGCUAAAAGUGGGAGUAUUUUUUUAGAAGCCUUAAAAUAUGAAAGGAAUGGAGAAAGAAUAAUUUUGGUUCACUGUUUUCUUACGUUGCAGUCUCCUUUUUGACUCCUUCCAGCACUGAACAGGAACAAAAAUGUCCGCUCAGCUGUGCCGAGCUCUUUAUGACAACGCUGCUGAGUGCCUGGACGAACUUUCCUUUCGCAAAGGGGACCUGAUGGUGCUGCUGCAGCCGGAGGCUCCGGGCUUGGAAGGGUGGCACCUGUGUUCCCUGCACGGCCAGCAGGGGAUCGUGCCGGCCAACCGCGUCAAAGUCCUGCCUGAGCCAGGAUCCCCGGGGCCGGCCCCUCACAGAAAGCACACUCCGGCCGAUGUCUACCAAGUCCCCAGGAAGGAGGUAGCAACUCCAGUAGGAAAAGCGUAUGAAGUGCCCCAGGAUGAGCUCAGAAGACGGGGAGUACAUCAAGAAGAGCAGGAAGUCUAUGAAGUGCCACCACCUGCUCGGCCUUGCCCGCUGCCUCCUGAGGGGAUCUACAGAGUUCCCCGUGGUGUCAGAAGAGACGGGGACCCAACAGAGCUUUAUGACGUCCCUUCAUCCCUGCUCCGGGACUCUCCAGCGGACACCUACGACUCGCCUUCUCUGUGUCCCAAGAAAGUGGCCCGUGUGGCCCCCCAGCCCAUGCUCCCCCCACCCGCUGACGACCCCUACGACGUGCCACUUGCCUUCAAGAAGCCUUCAGGUCAAGAGGAGGACGAGGGGGAGGAAGAGGAAGGCUCGGAGAGGCCCCUGGUCUAUGCCACCCCAUCCAACUUGCGGCGAGCUUCUGCGUUGCUGAACUUGUACGAGUCGCCCGAGGAAGUGCUGGGAGGAGGCCACGAAGAAGAGCAACGAGCGGAGGAGGAGGAAGAGGAAGACGAUGGUGGCAUCUAUGACAUUCCUCUGCUGCCCCCCGGCUCCCCGCCUCUCGAGGGGGCCAUCCAAGGACUAAGCUUGCGAGAGCCCUGCCCGCCUUCCCGUCCUCGUCUUCCCUCCGCCGAGAGUCUGUCCCGUCGUCCAUUGCCCGCCCUACCCAGUGAAGAGCGGCUUUCCGUAGAGCCGCCGCAGCCGUCGCCAAGUAUCGUCCGGAAGGGUAGCAUCCAGGACCGCCCGCUACCCCCGCCCCCUCCUCGGCUGGGGGGUCUUGGAGCAGGAGAGCAGCUGGAGCCAGUCAGGGACGAGGGGUACAACGAGUACGAGGGGAUCCGUCUGGCAGAAGAAUAUGACUACGUUCAUCUCAAGGGAGCAGAUAAAAGCCAGCCCAUGCCUUCAACGCCUGAAGGGACCCCUGGACCAGCAGUUCCCGGUGACACAGCUCAGACUGAAGAACAGGUGCCACCUUCCCCAGAGGACGGCCAGCUGUUGCAGUUCUAUACCGGGCAGUGCCAAACCCAUUACACCACCCUGCUUUCGGCCAUCGAGGCGCUCCUCGCCAGCACAGGAGCCAACCAGCCCCCCCGGGUCUUCGUGCCCCACGGCAAGUUCGUCAUCGUCACAGCGCACAAACUGGUGUUCGUGGGGGACACGGUGUCUCGGCUCGUGUCCUCCGCCACCGUGCGAGGCAGAGUGGGGGCGGCCAGCGGUGCGCUCUGCCAGGCCUUGAAAGAAGCUGUGCUUUCGGUGAAGGGGGCCGCCCUGCGCUACCCGUCGCUUCCGGCCGCCCGAGAGAUGCGAGAGUGCGUGGCUGAGCUCUCCAGACGGGCGCUGGCCUUCACAUCUUUGUUGGCCACCCUGGCGCCAUCUUGACGUUGCGUCCUGAGGCAGUUAACGGCCGGGGAACGUGACUCCUUAGCUGUGAUCCGUACUGCAACCCGUUGGCAAUAAUUCCCCUGGCACUUUGGACUUCUGAAUGCAGUGGCGCUGGACAGCCUCUGGCAGUGCUUACGAGUAACGCUGGCCCCUGUGUCAGCAGCAAGGUUUCUGCGGUUACACGUUUGCUUCGAACCUAGG